CAUUUUCUCCUCCAUUCCAUUCCCAACAUCCCACUUUUACAUCCUUUCUUUUAUUUUUUCCGUCUUUGUUUUCUCAGCUCCUUCUCAUCUUCUUCAUCGUAUUUGGUCUGUAGGUCACGUUAUUAUUCAUUAAUAAUGAGUCAGCCUCCUCCAGGUUAUGCCUACCCUCCUCCAGGGCAGUCCUACCCACCUCCAGGGCAGUCCUACCCCCCACCUCCUGGUCAGCCUUACCCUCCUCCUCCAGCUUAUGCUCCCCCAGUUCAACCAGCUCCUGUGCAGGCCCAGUCCAGUAGCAAUGAUGGCUUUUGGAAAGGAUGCUGUGCUGCCUUGUGCUGCUGCUUCCUUUUUGAAGAGUGCUGCCUCUAAUGCUUGGAUGGAGAUAACCCUUAAUUUAUUCAGCAGUUGUGUUUUCAUGAUCUUCUUUGGCUAAGAUCUUGAUAAAUGUUACUUUUAUUUGUAGUUGACAUAUGAAAUAAAUACACAUGAAAAAAUGGUGAAGAUAUAGGAACAGUGCUGUUUCUUGUUUUGCAACCGAGAUGCUGCCUUCCUGAAGAAUGUUGCAUUUAAGGCUUGGACAGAGAUAAUCUUUAAUUUAUACUAGAGUUUUGACUUCA